AUGGCAGAGGCAUUUCUUCAACUCGUUCUUGACAAACUGAUCUCUCUUAUCAACCGGGAGAUCGGACUGAUCUUGGGUGUUGACAAUGAGAUGAAGAAGCUCUGCAGCACUCUCACCACCAUCCAAGCUGUGUUGGAGGAUGCUGUAGACAAGCAAACCGAGAGCAAAGCAAUUCGAAACUGGCUUCAAAAGCUCAACGCUAUUGCUUACGAGGUUGAUGACGUUUUGGAUGAGUGCAACACUCAUGUCUCCAAACUCAACCACUCUCAUUCCAAACUCAGCCGCUACAGCCUCAAGAAAAUUUUGUAUUGCCACAAAAUUGCAAGGAGAAUGAAGCAAGUCAACGAGAAAGUGGAGGCCAUUGCUGCGGAGCGCACUAAGUUUCAUCUGCGCGAGAUGCCUGUUCAUAGGCCAAGAGAAGUAUCUCUUGCGUCGCGCGAGACGGCUUCCCUGUUGAACGAGUCUGAUAAGAUUCUUGGCAGGGAAGAAGAUAAAGACAAGAUUGUGAAGAUGUUGGUGAAUGAUGUGAAGGAUAAACAGGAGAUGUCUGUGCUGCCAAUCAUCGGUAUUGGCGGACUUGGCAAGACCACUCUCGCUCGACUAGUCUUCAACGAUCCGCAAGUGGAACAACACUUCGAUGUAAGGAUUUGGGUUUGUGUUUCUGAUAACUUUGAAAUGAAAACUUUGGUGAAGGCCAUGAUUGAAUCUGCCACGGGGAGUGGAAAAGCAACGGAUCUGCAGCACUUGGAUGCUAUAGAGCGUCGCCUCUGGGAAUUGUUGAGCAAAAAAAGAUAUUUGAUUGUGAUGGAUGAUGUUUGGAAUGACAACCAGGAUAAAUGGUUUGAGUUGAGAGAUGUUUUAUCAUGUGGCUCAGCUGGUUCAUCGGUUGUCGUCACCACACGCCAGAAGAAGGUUGCUGAUAUAAUGACAACACUUCCAUGUCAUUGUCUUGAGGGGCUGUCGGAUGAGCACUGUUGGGCGCUGCUGCAGCAGCGCGCCUUCGGACCAGAUGAAGAGGUUCCUCCCCAGCUGGAAAUAACUGGGAAACAUAUUGUGAAGAAAUGUGCUGGAGUGCCCCUUGCUGCUACGACGCUUGGAGGAAUCCUACGAUUUAAAAGGAGAGAAGAGGAGUGGAUACAUGUGAGAGACAGUGAGCAUAUGGAAGUUGUCGGGAGAAGAGAGUUUGAUAAUGCCGGCUUUGAGAUUGAGUUAUUAUCAUGUUCCAGUGGAACUUAG